CUCCCCGCCCACGAGUGGAGCGAGGCGGGAGAGAGCAGCCAGAGCGAAGUUGAAGUGUGGGGGGAAAAUGUUGAGUUUUUCGGCCUCGUUUCCCCCAGAAAAUCGGCGGUCAUGAUCGCGUUAAAAUUUCCCGUCACUCGCGUCAAGCGGAUAUACUCACCACCGAACUGGUCGGGCUCGUCUUAACCCAACACAAUAAUGGAUACCAAACGGUGAGGGGAGAAGUUUCAGCGUUUUCCCGGACAAUGGACUCCAGGCAGAGGAAGCGCCCCGGAGGAGGGGGCCAGCUGUCGCGGCUCUGCUGCUUUCUGGCCUGUCUCUCCUCCGCUUCCGCCCAGCUCAGCUACUCGGUGUCGGAGGAGCUCAGUCCGGGAUCCAUCGUGGGGAACAUCGCUAAAGAUCUUGGCCUGAGCACUCAGGGGAUUGUCCGAAGGGGGCUGCGUGUGGUGUCUGAAUCAGACACUCCGUAUUUUGAGGUGAGGCAAGCGACUGGAGAUUUGGUGAUUAAGCAGCAGAUUGACAGAGAGCAGAUGUGCGAGUUGAGCUCGUCCUGCUCACUACACCUUCAGAUACUUUUAUCGGACCCUUUGGAGAUCCAGCGCGCCGUGGUGGACAUCGUAGACGUCAACGACAACGCUCCGAAUUUUUCAACUAGCAGCGUGUCUUUGGAAGUAUCCGAGGCGGCCGCGCAGGGCACGAGAUUCCGCUUGGAGAGCGCGCACGACCCGGACGUGGGUACCAACUCAUUGCGCACGUACCAUCUUGCAGAAAAUGACUUUUUUAUAUUGAAUGUGGAGACUAAAAGUGACGGCAGCAAGUUUCCAGAGCUUGUGGUGGACAAACUUCUUGAUAGGGAGGCGCAGGCUUCCUUCGAGCUGCUGCUCACGGCUGUGGACGGGGGGCAGCCGCAAAAAUCUGGCUCGACGCUGCUUCUCAUUAAAGUUUUGGACGUAAAUGACAACGCACCUAUUUUUGAGGAGUCUGUCAAAAAAGUGAGCCUGUUAGAGAAUGUCGCACUGGGCACUUUAGUGACGAAACUGAACGCCACGGACGCGGAUUCAGGUCGCAAUGGAGAAAUAUCAUUCAUGUUUAGUAAAUACACGCCCGAGCGUGUCGUUAAACUCUUCACCGUGGAUACGAAGAGCGGGGAGAUUCGCGUGAACGGCGAAGUGGAUUACGAGAAAGCUCCAUCCUAUCACAUCACGGUGCAGGCCCGAGAUGGUGGCUCCCCAGCGAUGGAGGGCUCCUGCAACGUCAUCGUCGACGUCAUCGACGUCAAUGACAACGUGCCAGAGGUCACGCUGACGUCACUCACAAGCCCCAUCCAAGAAGACUCCGCCCCUGAGACGGUGAUAGCCCUCAUCAGUGCUCGGGAUCUGGACUCGGGCAAGAAUGGGGAGGUUAGUUUAACAAUUCCGCAAGGUCUGCCAUUCAAACUCAACUCAGCCUUUGGCAUGCACUACAGCCUCACCACAUCCGGGUCCCUCGACCGUGAGAUCGAGUCUGAGUACAAAGUGGUCAUCAAGGCCACCGAUGGCGGCUCGCCUCCCAUGUCGUCUCAAACCACCUUUGUGGUGAAGCUGUCUGACGUCAACGACAACUCCCCUACCUUCUCCCAAAACUCCUACUCGGUGGACAUCCCUGAGAAUAACGCUCCGAGCGCUCCCAUCACCGUUGUCUCGGCAACUGACCCGGACCUGGGGGACAAUGCCCGCAUCACCUACUCCAUUCUUCCCAGCAUGGUCCAGGGCUCACCCAUCUCCUCCUAUGUCUACAUUAAUCCAGAGAGCGGCCAGAUCUUCAGCAUGCGUUCCUUGGAUCACGAGCAGCUUAAGGCCUUCCGUAUUGAGGUCCAGGCCCGGGACGCCGGGACGCCCUCCAGGACCGCCAACGUCACUGUCCAUGUGUUUGUGGUGGAUGUGAACGACAACGCACCCAUGAUUGUCCACCCUGCGUUUCCACAAGACAAAGGACUGCAGCUCAGUGUGCCACCGUCUGCUGGACCGGGGUAUCUCAUAAACAAACUUGUGGGGGUGGAUGCCGACAGCGGGCACAAUGCCUGGUUGUUUUACUCCAUCGCCCCCGGGCUUCAUGCUGGCAUGUUUCGUAUCGGGGCGCACUCUGGCGACCUCCGCACAGCCCGCAAGUGGGCCGAGGAGGAAGAAGGCUCCACUUAUGACAUUGUGGUCAUCAUCCAAGACAAUGGUGAGCCGCCAAAGUCCAGCUGGGUGAACAUUACGGUCACGGUGGAGGAGAAGGGAGUCGCGGAUGACGCUCCGGCGAGACCUCACCACACACCAUUCUCCCCGCGCGGCGGGAUGUCGGACAUCACCUUGUACCUCAUUAUCUCUCUCGCCUGUGUAUCAGCUGUGUCUUUUAUCACUUUCGCCGUCCUCAUGGUGCGUUGCCUGAGGCACCGCGGGCACGGAAUGGGCGACUCCGACUGCUGCUACUGCUGCUACGGUAAUCAUCGGUCUGGGCGCUACCACCAAAGGCCCAGCAAGGACCUGCACCUGCAGCUCAACACGGACGGGCCCAUCCGUUACAUGGAGGUGGUGGGAGGCCCCCAGGAUCCACACACGCGCACUUAUAGGCCCUGCUACUCCACCAUAUCCAGCAGGAGUGACUUUGUGUUCAUGAAGACGCCCAUGCUGAGUCACAACAACACGCUUAACACCACUCUCAGCAGAAAGCACCUUAUGAACUCGGCCGGUGAGCAAAAGCCUCCCAACAAUGACUGGCGUUUUAACCAGGGAGCAAGACCAGGACCCAGCGGUCCCCACAUGCCAUACGGUACACAUAUACGAUGGACGCCGAAGAGUGGGACAAGAGCUGCCGGAGGACCCGAGGUUGCCAUGGGAACAGGACCCUGGCCCCAACCCCCAACUGAAGCUGAGCAGCUCCAAGCCCUGAUGGCUGCGGCUAACGUGAGCGAGGCGACCGGCACCCUUGGACCCGGCACGAUGGGCCUGAGCACCCGCUACAGCCCCCAAUUCACUCUGCAGCACGUGCCCGACUACCGGCAGAAUGUCUACAUCCCCGGCAGCACGGCCACACUCACCUCCAAUCCUCAGCAGCAGCAGCAGCAGGCCAUGGCCCAGCAGGCCAGCCAGCAGGCGCUGCCACCGCCCCAGCCGGGCCAGCCCGAGCCACCGAAAGCCGCCCAGACCCCCGCCUCCAAGAAGAAGUCUACCAAGAAGGAGAAGAAGUAGAAACGGAGGCGGAGGAAUGCUCACUCGGGUCUGACGAGAGCUGAAACCCCCCACACCCCACCAUCGGCUAUCGCACGAUGGACGGUUCUGAUGGUUCUUUGGAAGUGCCCUGAAGGCUCGGAGGAGUCUGAAAAUGCCGAAUGCUUCUUCUUGUCAUCGGUCGAUAUUUGCUGGCUGGGUAUGGGGGGUUAUUGUGAUUUUCUUUUCUUUUCUUUUGGCUAAGACAAGAAACCUCCCAAGGUUGACAAAGCUUAAAAGCAAGUGAUGUAUUCUGAGAAAUGUUUUGUCUUUCAUGUUGGAUUUAUUGUGCUCUUUCCCUCAAGUGGGAAGUCAGCUGUUUUGAGUACGCUAGUCGCCAUGAUAUUUCGAUGUAGGCCCGGCCUUUGCAGGAUCUUCAAGCAUACCUUUUGCGGAGAUAAUAAGGCUGUUCUUUUACUGCUAUUACAAACUCGUCUGCAUGCUCUUUAAAGGUUCAAACCACAUUGUUCUAGUUUAGAAUUGCAAACUAUGCAUUGCAAAAGCAAAAGAGGAGGACGCCACGCCCCCUCCCCCGCCCUCUGCCAAGUCGCUGGUGAACGGAAUCCACAUGUAGCAUUUACCUGGCAAAAAAAUACUUUUGUAACCACAGUUCGAAGAAGUAAGACAUUAACCUCCUGCAAAGCAUGUAUCCGCAAUGAGAGCCAACAGGUGUUGUCCAGUUGCCCCCAACUCAGACCCUCACCGCCCCGCGUUGAGAGCCAACCUGAAGUAUUGCACUGACCUCGGGUAUCAAUCACAUUCUGAUGAAGUCUUUGCCCUCACUGUCCACGUUCUUUUGUUUGCUGCAAUAGCAUCGAGCGAUUGUACGCGUAAGAUAUGAAGUCCGGCUGGUGAGCGGGAGAGAUUGGAGGUUCUGGCGACCGCCACCAAAUCAUUGUUCGACCACGUCUCCAACCAUUGAAUGUACAGAAGAAUCACUGUUGCCCCGCCCACCACUAGCUCAAAUGCACUGACCUAGGCUGGGGUCAAAGGUUCGGCGAGGCGACACCACUCACCAUACUCGAGCUUCGCUAAUAUUAAAAAUCCCCCCCUCCUGAUCCCCAUUCGCUCACUUGUAAAUAAACACAAGUCCUGUUGAUGGUAUGAGCCAGGUGUUUGUGUUGUAGGGACCGCCGUUGUUCAACUUUUUCCAAAAUCAAAGUCCUCCACAAAGCGUGGCUCACUACUGGAAUGUGUUGCAUUUCGUUUUCCAAGAAAAUUAAGAAAACAACAAAUUAAAAAAAAAAAACAAUUAUAAAUGAAAAUCUGAGAUGUUUUUCAACAGUUUGUGUUGCAAUGUAGUAACUAAGCACCAUGCCAACUAACCCGUCAGUGUAAAUAAAACAAAUGAAAGAUAACUUUAGAUAAGUGACACACGUAGACUAGUUAACCUGUGAUAUGUGUUGCGCAUAUUUUUGUGUUCAUUUUCUCUUCUAUCUUUUAUCGCCCUGUAAAGAAACGACAAAAAAUAUGAAUAUGUUUCUAUCCUUCUGUAACCUCUCAAUGUUCUUUUUGCGGUGAAUUGAUCUUGUGCAUUCUUUCUGUCCAUAUGAACAAAUGACUACAGUAUAAAUAUUAUAUAUGUGUACGUCUGUCCGCUGCUGAAUUAAUGCUACUCUAUCAUGCUGUAUUAUCUUUCUUAUCAAAUGCUUAGACCCCUUUCCCCUCGCCACGCUUUAUCCCUCUCAUUUUUAUGCUAAUAUUUAUAUUGCUGUUUUAUUUUCUCUUGAACACUGACAUUUCAAAUAAAACGAUUACGAAAUCA